ACGUCCUGUAUCUCUCUCUCUCUGUGCACCGACACAUUACAAUAGCUGCACACAAAGUGGAGUAGGAUUGUAGAGAAAAAUAGGCUAUACCAGCACUACAUCGCGAUUUCAUUUGGUAAUAGGUACUUUGUAAUGAAGAGAAGAGGUCACUUUCUGUUUAACCACAUUUUCAAAUGUUUUUUAAAUCAAAAUAAGUGAUCGAAAAGCCCUCGACACCCGGCUGCUAUCGAGGACUUCAUAUACAAUCCCAAGGCUUGAAGCGCUCCAAAGUCAGCGCAUUUUGUGACAGCGUUCAGGAUUGAGGCAGAUUGAUGUUACAGGCAGUCCGAGCCUCUCCCUCUGGAUGUAGUGUGUGUCGGUGGCUAUGUUGAGACGAUGGGCUCAGCCUGGAGGAUGGGUAAUGGUGUGGGAGCAGGAUGCUGGUUGUGUGCCCUGCUCUGUGCCUGGCUGUGGGAUCAGACGCGUGCCCAGUGCCCCGAGGGCUGCCAGUGCGCCUGGGAGAGCCACACAGUGCUGUGCGUGGACGCAGGGCUCCACGAGGUGCCCGAGGAUCUGCCCACGGACACCGUCUCGCUGCACCUGGAGCGCAACUUCAUCCGUCGCAUCCCCGAGCACGCCUUCAGCGAGCUGCUGCACCUGCAGGAACUUUACCUGUCGCACAACCGCAUCGAGACCCUGACGUCGGGCGCGCUGCGCCACCUGACCCCCGAGCUGCGCCUGCUGGACCUCUCGCACAACCAGCUGCGGCAGGCCACGCGCGAAGAGUUUGGCGGCACGCGCGCCAAGACGCGUCUCUACCAUAACCCGUGGCACUGCGACUGCACCCUGCAGGAGCUCAUGCAGACACUCAACCUGGAGCCCGAGACGGUCAAUGGCAUUGUGUGCGAGAGUUCGACCCGCAGCGCCGGCGAGGGCAGCCGCUGGGAGGAGCCGACCGCCGGCAGCCACGCCGGUCACUCGCUGGUCAAGCUGCUGGAUGCCGGCGUCAACUUCUGCAGUAUGCAGCGCAAGACCACCGACGUGGCCAUGCUGGUCACCAUGUUCGUGUGGUUCUUUGUGGUCAUCGUGUACGUGGUCUACUACGUGCGGCAGAACCAGGCCGAGGCCCGGCGACACCUGGAGUACCUCAAGAGUCUGCCGAGCCCGAAGAAGGCCCCCACAGAAACAGAUACACUAAGCACAGGCUUCUGAGAGACACUGUGCAGAAGUCCUUGUUUAAACCAGAGCUGGCGGAGGUCUGGAGGCAAUAUGUAGCUUAUUACACCUGGGGGGGGGGGUUUACUGGAAAACUAAACCAAGAGUCAUACAGAAGGGCUCACUCUUUUCACUGUUAUUAAAAAUGUAAUGUGAUAGAGAUUUGUAGCUAUUGAUACUUCUAUGGCUUAAUAUGUGUUGAUUGAGAGCUGGUUUGUUUACAAUUGUUUUUGUAGGUAUUUUGUCUUGUCGUGUUGAAGGUUGGCUGUUUUCAAGCUUUAUUGAAGAGGGAAUCUUUCAAAUAACCAGCAUAGCAGAUUGAUGUUAGAAAUGCUGAUCAAGCAGAAAUGUAAAUGAAACAUGUCCACAUCCAUCCUAAUGACCUGAUGGCUAUGAGUGCUGAUUUGAGGUGCUCAUUUUCCCCAGAUGAUAAUGGAAUAAUCCAUUCGUGGCCACAGGAUCAGAAAUCACAUCCAGGUUAGGCUCAUUACUCUGUGGAUCUAUUUUUGUCCUUGAACGUGUGGUGCUGAUAGCAACGGCCUCUUUCUCCUGCAGAUGUGGAGGAGUGUGUGGCAAUGUGAGUGAGUACUUUUAAGUAGGCACCUUACAAAAUAGUACUGUCUAGGGGGGUAGAGAAAUUAAUACCCGAUUUAGAAUGAGUUUAAUAAUUAAGCUCCACAGUGUUAUAAAUUAAAUUGAUUCUUUUUCACGUCUGUGUGGAUCUUAGUACAACCCCAAGGGAGGUGUUAUAUAGAUCAUCCCACACCCUCUUUUAACAACCUUGAAAUUCUGGUGUAAUAUAGGUGCUGAAUAAAAUAACUUCACAUUUCAAAUUUGCAGGUUAGUGUGUAGCCCACAUACUACCAACAACCUGGAAAACACUGACAGAGCUGUAUUUGUGAUUUUCUUCAGUCUACUGUACAAUGUGAAAUGUGUUGCAUUCAUCUUCAAGGCAAGUCUUCAGCUUCAUCACUGUGAGUGGGGAAGCAUCUGUAGUCUUUGUUUAUGACUUACCAUGAUUAGUGCAACUAAAGCGUGUUGCUCUCCUGACCAACCCGCUCAGUAUUUCCACUGUCUGCAGUUAAUGUACAGAAGCGGGUACAUUAAAAGGGGGAGGAUUAAAACUGCCCUGGAAAUCUCUUAUAGGCAUUCAUGUCUGGAGUCACUUGGUGUGGUGUGUCUUUGUGCUUUGUUGUCUACACAGUCUCAUUGGCAGAAUUUCUUAAAUGUUGUCGGUCCUGUCAGCUGUUCAAAGUGUAUCCUGACUACAUGUGUAUUGUGUAAUUGUUUUUCUAAAGUUGUCUUUACAUGUUUUUGAUUCACAGUAAAGAGUCCCAAUCGUU